AUGACUUAUCACCAUUUACUGUUAACUCAUAUGAGAAAGGCUUUGUCAUUAUCAACAGUUAUUGUCAGAUCGUUAAAAUAUGAAUGUUUCGCUGAUCGCCAUAUUGGUCCAUCGCAAAAUGAUGUAAAAGUUAUGCUUGAUUUGCUUGGCUUUGAAAAAUUGGAUGAUUUAACAGAUGCGAUAGUGCCAAAAUCGAUUACGUUAAAAAGAAGCUUACAUUUACCGAAGGCUUCGGGUGAAUUUGAAAUGCUUACUGAGUUGCAUCGAAUCGCUAACGAGAAUAAAAUUUAUAAGUCAUAUAUUGGUACUGGCUAUUACGACUGCAUUCUACCGGCUGUAAUUCGAAGAAAUAUGCUUGAAAACGCUGGCUGGGUCACUCCAUACACACCGUAUCAAGCCGAAAUUUCUCAAGGACGCCUCGAGAGUCUUUUCAAUUUCCAAACUAUGAUAUGCGAUUUGACGGGACUUCAGAUAGCUAAUGCGUCCUUGCUCGAUGAAAGUACGGCUUGCGCAGAAGCAGUAGCUCUCGCCGUUCGUUACACAAAACGUUCUGCGAUCCUCGUCGAUGAAUUUCUACACCCGCAGAAUAUUGCUCUAUUAGAGACUCGUUCAAAGUACUGUUCUCUUACUCAUUUUUCUAAAUUUUAUCAUUCGCUAUAG